AUGACAAACCAUGCUAUCAGUGCGACCACUGCAAGACCAGCAACUGUAAUCCCGGCAGCGAGUCCCCCUGUCGCGGCCGCACCGAGCCCUUCGCUUUUCGUAUCCGCGCCUUCGGCGGCCAAUUGUGUGGAAACUGGCUGUCUAGUCGAAGGCCGUAUAAUCGUAAGCAUCGAGGAAGUCGUGGGAAUAAACGCGGACGUGGAUGCUUCCGUUGGGCUCGUAGAUAGUGGAGACACGGAUGUGGAUGCUGGUUGCGCAUCAAAAUAA